AUGUCGGCCUCUCCCGCGUCGAACACGGACUCGACCGAGCUGCUCGCCCCGCCGCCGCCGCCCUCGCAGCAGCAACCGCAGCAGAGCGCCGCGCCCGCCGCCGCGCCGACGUCCCAGCAGCAGGCCGCGGCGAAGCGGAAGGCUUCGGCCGCCGGCAUGGACAACCACGGUACCGGCCGCAGCGUCAAGAGGAGGGCAUCCAAGGCGUGCCAGUGCUGCCGCGCGCGCAAGGUGCGCUGCAACGUCACCGAGCACGGCGCUCCAUGCACCAACUGCCGGCUCGACGAGGUCGAGUGCAUCGUGUCCGAGUCUCGCAGGAAAAAGAAGUGGUCCAGAGACGACGACGCCUCCAAGAACACCAACGACGCCGAUGUCGCCAGCGCCGCCAACGGCUCGGGCAAGCGCAGGCUCGCCUCGCGCGAUGCUCUCGACGGCAUCUCGUCCCUCAAGGACGGCGCAUCCGGCAGCGUCGACCUGUCCAUGGACGAGCACGUGCCGCACUCGAUAUACGCAUCACACGGCCAGCGUCUCAAUUACAGCUUUUCCGAGCUGAACCGCCGCAUGUCGACGGCUUCCUCCUCCACCGGAACCGGGUUUCCGAUUCUGGGCUACAGCCCCGUCUCUGCCGACGCGAAACUGCAGCAGCCGUUUUUCCCCAACAUCGCGCCCAAGACCAGUGCCGGAUUCAGCCUCCCUGCGUGCAUCAAGCCGCUGCCUCCGCGGAUAGGCCAGGAUGAGAUCGCCUAUCUGCAGAAGAAGGGUGCACUAACGAUCCCUUCGUUUGAGCUGAAGACCGAGCUUCUCCGCGCCUAUGUCGAGUUCGUGCAUCCCUACAUGCCAUUGUUGGACCUGCACGAAUUCCUACGCAUCAUCGAUUGUCAAGAUGGUAGCCAGGGCAAGAUGAGCUUGAUCCUGUUCCAGGCCGUGAUGUUUGCGGGCUCCGCGUUUGCCGAUUUCAAGUACCUUCGUAAGGCUGGUUACUCGAACCGCAAGGAGGCGCGCAAGGACUUCUUCCAGAAGACAAGGCUUUUAUACGACUUCGACUAUGAGCAAGACCGUGUGUCGCUGGUGCAGGCGCUUCUGCUCCUCACCUACUACUAUGAGACUCCCGACGACCAAAAAGACACGUGGCACUGGAUGGGUGUCGCUACCUCGGUCGCGCACACAAUAGGCCUGCACCGCAAUCCCGACAAAGCCAACAUGGAUCCCAAACGGGUGAAGCUUUGGAAGCGGAUUUGGUGGUCGACGUACAUGCGUGACCGUCUCAUCGCUCUCGGCAUGCGGAGGCCGACAAGGAUAAAGGAUGAGGACUACGACGUACCGCUGUUGACGCUCGACGACUUUGAAAUCGCCGCCGUGCCUGACAGCAUCUCCUGCAUUCCCGCCGACUGCGUUGUUGCACGCGAUGUCGCACUGCAGCGCCAGUUGGCCGUUUGCUGCAUCCAAAAGGCCAAAUUGUGCCUCUGUAUCAGCCACGUGCUCUCGAAGCAGUACUGCGUUUUGAACAAUAACCAAGGCCUUCUCAACGACCGCACCACAAUGAUGUUGUUACCCAAGAAGCUUGACCCUCAGAAGUCGGAUGUCAAGCACUGUGACGCGGAACUGAAGAAGUGGAAGGAAGAGCUCCCAGACGAGGCAAAGUACGAGGAGGCAUCGAGUGGGAACAGGUCCGUUGACCUCCACAAGUCCCUCCUGCACAUGGUCUUCUACACGACGCUUUCCGCACUUCAUCGGCCUCAGGUGCUUCCUUCAGGACCCGUUGAUGGCUGUCCCGAGCAAGAUGCGAACGGAGUUCUCGAGUCAUCUCGUCGCCACGUCCGCACUGCUGCUACAGCCAUCACAGGUAUUGCACAGAAGCUGGAUUCGCUCGAUCUCGUUCGCUUCCUCCCUACCACUGGUGUGACGGUCCUGCUUCCUGCCAUCAUCAUCCACCUGCUGGACAUCAAGUCGCCGGAUGAAGAAACGCGUCGUUCCAGCCUCCGUGGGUUCUGUCAGUGUAUGCAGGUCAUGGGUAAGCUUCGGGAUCUGUAUGCUGCAGCAGACUACAGCACAGCAUUCCUGGAAGCUGCCAUUCGCAAGGCUGGCAUUUCCAUCGCGCCAAUCCCCCCACCUCCGGAGCAGCCUGCGCCAGCUGCGCCAGCUGCACCAGUGCAAACUGUUCCCACUAAGCAGCAGAAGGCAGAUUCCGCGGGCGUUGGCGAUCUGCUCAACGCUGGUCGUCGCCUGGACACAAGCGGGAAUGUUGCGCCCUACAACACCAUCACCCCGCCGCCGGACAGCAUGACGGAGGACGGGCUCAACGGGCACUCCAGCCUGCACGAUGCCGACAACACGUCGGACGAAGAAGUCGCCCGCCGCCUCGAGACCUUCCUGGCGAGCACGCCGCCCGCAUCGGACCACCACGCGUCGGACGCGUCGCAGCCAGACGUCGACGGCGCCAACAACCACCACCACGUCCACGCGCACAACGACGCGUGCGGCAACGACCACAGCCACCUGGACGGCGUCGACAUGGACGGCGGCUCGGACAGCAACCAGCUCUUCCCGUGGCCGAACUUCACCCUCGACGAGGGUUCCGGCGGCGACGUCAACUCGUUCUGCGGCAAGAUCGACGGGCUCACGGGCUUCGAGAGCGGGGCGGGCGCCGCGAGCACCACGCUGGAAGAUGGCGGCUUGGCGGUCGACUUCGACGCGUUGAUGAACACGGACGCGAUGGGCGACGCUUGCGCGAGCUUCUCGUUCAACGACUUCGGCACGAACGACGACGGCGAGCACGGCAACGGGUUGGGUGGAUUUGGCAGUGAAGCGCUGGACGUCGGCGUUGCCAGUGUGGAUUGGAUGAAGGGGAUGGCGUGA